GUUAGUAGGAGGAGUGGUAGCUCUGUGAUCCCAGUCCCUCUUGUCUUGUCCUGGAGGAUUGUCACAGUCGAUCCCAGGACCUCCACCUGCAGGCCUGGUAAAAUCAUUUCUUCACACACGGUGUCUGACUGACCUCCAGACGCUUUAAGAUGCCGCUGUCACGCUCCCUGUCCAUGACGUCCCUGAGCGGGGUGCUGCCGGCCUGGGAGGAAGACGAUCUGCCUGUGGAGGACCUGCUGCUCUUUGAGGUGGCCUGGGAGGUCACCAACAAAGUUGGAGGAAUCUACACAGUGAUCCAGACCAAAGCCAAGAUCACAGUGGAUGAAUGGGGGGAGAACUACUGCAUGAUAGGGCCCUACUUCGAACACAACUUCAAGACACAGGUAGAGGCAUGCGAGCCACCCAACCCCGCCGUCAGGAAAGCCAUGGACGCCCUCAUUCACAACGGCUGCCAGGUUCAUUUUGGCCGCUGGCUGAUCGAGGGUAGCCCCUUUGUGAUCCUGUUUGAUAUCGGCUCUGCAGCAUGGAACCUGGACCGCUGGAAGGGGGACCUGUGGGAGACCUGCCAGAUAGGCCUGCCCUACAACGACCGAGAGGCCAAUGACUCCCUCAUCCUGGGCUCCCUAGUCGCCUGGUUCUUCAAAGAGUUAAUAGACCAGCUGGGAGACAAGCCAAAUGUCAUCUGUCAUUUCCAUGAGUGGCAGGCAGGAGCAGGGCUUAUUCUGUCCCGCUGCCGCAAGAUUCCCAUAGCCACGGUCUUCACCACACAUGCAACCCUGCUGGGACGGUAUCUCUGUGCUGGGAAUGCCGACUUUUACAACAACCUUGGCAAGUUCGACAAUGACAAGGAGGCGGGUGAGAGGCAUAUCUACCAUCGCUACUGCCUGGAGAGAGCAGCGGUCCACUGUGCACACGUCUUCACCACAGUCUCCCAGAUCACCGCUGUGGAAGCCAGCCAUAUGCUGCACAGGAAGCCAGAUGUGGUGACCCCCAAUGGGCUGAAUGUGAAGAAGUUUUCUGCCAUGCAUGAGUUUCAGAACCUGCACUCCACCAGCAAGGCCUGCAUCAAGGAGUUUAUCAGAGGACACUUCUACGGUCACCUGGACUUCAACCUCGAGAAAACACUGUUCUUCUUCAUCGCUGGACGCUAUGAGUUUACCAACAAGGGGGCUGAUAUUUUCCUUGAAUCUCUGUCAAGACUUAACUACCUACUAAGGCUCCACAAAAAUGAUAUGACAGUGGUAGUUUUCUUCAUCAUGCCAGCUAAAACCAACAACUUCAAUGUGGAGUCACUGAAGGGACAGGCAGUACGCAAGCAGCUCUGGGAUACAGCUCACACUGUGAAGGAGAAGUUUGGUAACAGGCUGUAUGAUGCUCUGUUAAAAGGGCAGAUCCCUGACAUGAACUCCAUUCUGGAUCGAGACGACUUCACCAUUAUGAAGAGAGCCAUCUACGCAACUCAGAGACACACCCUCCCUCCGGUAACCACUCACAACAUGAUCGACGACGCAACAGAUCCCAUUCUUUCUAACGUCAGACGCAUCGGACUGUUCAACUCCAGGAACGAUCGCGUUAAGAUUAUCUUCCACCCUGAGUUCCUGUCCUCCACCAGUCCUCUGCUGCCAAUGGACUACGACGACUUUGUUCGUGGAUGCAACCUUGGGGUUUUCCCCUCCUACUAUGAACCAUGGGGUUACACGCCAGGUGAGUGUACCGUUAUGGGCAUUCCCAGUGUGACCACGAACCUGUCAGGUUUCGGCUGCUUCAUGGAGGAGCACGUGUCAGACCCUGCUGCCUAUGGUGUUUACAUCGUGGACCGCCGUUUCCGGUCAGCCGAUGAGUCCUGUAACCAGCUGACCCAGUUCAUGUUCAGUUUCUGCCAGCAGUCUCUGCGCCAGCGCAUCAUCCAGAGGAACCGAACAGAGAGGUUGUCUGACCUGCUGGACUGGAGAUACCUGGGACGGUUCUACGUACACGCCCGCCAUCUGGCACUAAACAGAGCUUUCCCGGACAAGUUCAAGAUGGACCCCACGGCCCCAUUGAAGACAGAGGGUUUCCGUUACCCCCGGCCAUACUCGGUACCCCCCUCUCCCUCUGCCUCCAUCCACUCCACCCCCCACCACAGCGAUGAGGAGGAUGAUGAUGACGAUGAUUAUGAGCCCUAUGACGAAGAUGAAGAGGCCGAGAGGGAUCGACUGAACAUCAAGUCUCCUUUUGUGCUGGGGGACGUACCGGAGGGCAAGUAGAAGCAGCGUGGAGAGUCAAGAAACUGAGAUUGACUAUUAGAAGCUGCAGAUUAUAACCAGGUUUACAGAGAGAUACUCAGCGUUUCUGACAGUAAAAUAAGCGUAAAAUGUAGAUUAGGGACAAAAGUCUGAAACUACUACACCUGAUCCAGGUCCAUCACAAAACCUUGACUACUGUUUUCAAGCUGAGUUUAAUUGUUGUGUUCCCCAAGGAUACCGUCUUCGCCCAUAGGUGUUUUUAAUGUACAUGCUUUAUCUCAGUCGGGUUAUAAAGAAAUAACAAAAUCUUGUCUUCAAUUGAAAAUUAAUAUAACCAAUAAAUACAUUUUACAAGUUACAA